AAGCACACAUACCGUAUUCUUCCUACCUUCUUCUUCCUCGUAUGUCUUUGUUGAUUCGAAACUAGCAACUCUUCUGUACUCUGUACGCCUUCCACACCUUCCAUGGCACCAGAUCCACUUAAUAAUGCUUCAAAUUCUUACUAUAUGCUACUUCGAGAGUUGUUCUUACGUUUGGUCCUUGGUCUUCAAGUUGAGUCUUCCCUUUCCAUGGAGAUAAUUGCCUUUUGGUUGUGGCUGCAACAAGGGAAUGGCCAAGUUGGUUACCUUCAGCACAUAUACUCUUUCAAUGACAACCAUUUUCAUGCGAUUGUUUCUUCUGCAAAACGUUUUCUGGAACUUCUUCAUUUCGGAUUCGAUGGUCGCGAGGCCAGAUCUGUACCUAGAAGUGCCUUUCAGAGGCAAGCUAUUGAAGGAAUUUCUCUCUACUUCAAUAAUAUCUGUUACGAGGCCUUAGAAGAUCUCCGAGAAAGAAUAGAGAUGAAUUUUGUCCAUAAUCAGAUGACAUACCUGCGCCAAAAAUCCCAUGGACAGUCCAUGACUGAUCGGGUUCCUAUAAGCACGAUGACAGAUCUAUACCCAGAGGUCUAUGGAGAAUCCUCGAAUGAACAGAUUCCUAAAAGCACGAAACAUCUUCUUACCAAGAUAAAGGCUUUGUAUGCUAACACUCCUAAGCAUCACGGAGAAGGCACAAAUUCUAGAAAUAUCCAUGUUCAAACAAGUCAAAUGCAUCAUGGAGAAGGCUCAAGUUCAAGAAACAUCCAUGCUCAAACAUGUCAUAUGCUCCGACAUGAUACAAACGAUGAAGUAUAUGAUUAUCAGUCAACCUCCCGUUUGGUGACAUUGCUGGAUAAGUUAAGCUUAAGAGAGAACCAUAAUGAUGCAAUCACGCAACACCAAUCUGAUGUUCCACCUGAUGAGAGAACUUUGUUCGUGACAUUUUCUAAUGGCUACCCACUGACAAAAGAUGAACUACAUGAUUUUUUCAUGAGGCACUAUGGAGAUAUUGAAGAAAUAAGUGUUGAGGAGCCAAUCGAAAGGAGGCCACCUCUUUACGCACACGUUACAUUUUACUCGCAGAUGACACUCUUCCAUGUCCUAGAUGGGAAUCGGAGAGUCAAGUUCAUGAUCAGGGGAAAACAUCUAUGGGCUCGACAGUAUGUGCCAAAGAAGAAGAAGAAAACUGAUGUCUUUAUGACCAAAGCCUGAUUUCAUAAACAUUCAAGAAAACGAUAUGCCAAGCAUUCUGGAAGCAUACUCGAAUAGAAUCUGCACUUGUAAGAUUAUUCUUGUGCAUAUCUAAUUCUCGUGCUUUCUCCAACUUAUUACACAUUUGUGACCCAGAUUUAUGGACAUUGUUCUGAACUUAUAAUGAAUUACAUUCUGAGGACUCAAAUUUGUUUGUUAAGGAUUAUAAAUUUGU